CUCCGACUUACCAUCCGCUGGACGCCCGGCCACUCCGACGUGGAAGGGAACGAAUAUGCCGAUCGUCAAGCCAAGGACGCAGCGACAGGUAACAGCAGCCCUACUAACCGACUGCCACAGGUACUACGUCGCAAACCUCUCCCUUUCAGCAAAUCGGCUCUGAAGCAGGAACAUCAAGCGAAGCUCAAAUCACUAUGGGAGGCGGAGUGGUCCAAAUCGCCACGAUAUGCGAAGUUUGCCAGCCUCGACAAGAAAUUGCUAUCGGGGUCCUUCCGAAAGCUCGCGAAGACACUUACAAGG